UUUAAAACCUUGUGACGUUUUUUAGGUUUCCGUAAGUUGUCGAUAAACAAUAAACAGUUAAUUUAAAAUGUCGACUAAGCUCUUAGUUGUUGUUGAAAAUUUGGACACAAUGUUGGACACACUUGAAGAUAAACUCAAAUCGGAGAAUGAAUACAAAGAUAAUAACCUUGAUUCUAUGUUGGUAACAUUAGAAGAGAGAUUGAACAAAGAUGGUGUAGCGACUACAUAUAAGGGCAUAUGUGCUUCCUGUGAAAAACCAAUACACAAUAAAGUUUGUCACGCUUUAGGGAAAUCUUUUCACCCCGACCACUUUGUUUGUUCGGUUUGUCAAGUGGAACUCUACAAUAAAACAUUUUAUGAGCGCGAAGGACGUGCGUAUUGUGAAAAAGACUACCAGAAUCAAUACGCUCCUAAAUGUUUCGCCUGUGGUGAACCUGUAAUUUUUUUGUGUGUGACCUCUGACAGCCGAACGUGGCAUCCAGAACAUUUUGUUUGCGUGGAAUGUGGAAAACAAUUGAACGAAGAAAGCGGCUUUCAUGAGGUAGGCAAACAAUUUUACUGUGAGAAGGAUUACAAGAACCUAUUUGCACCAAAAUGUCCUGGAUGUAACGAUUACGUCAUGGGCAUGGUUGCGAACAGUUGCUGGCAUCCAGAGUGUUUUAACUGCUCGGAAUGCGGCAUAUCACUGGAAGGCCGCAAUUUUUUCGAAAAAGAUGGAAAACAAUAUUGCGAAACACAUUACCGUGCAAGACGUAGUUCAGUUUGCAAAGCAUGCAACCAACCGAUUUUACAUCAAUGUAUGACAGCAUUGGGUGAAAAAUACCAUCCAGAGCACUUCACAUGUUCGUUCUGUAAGCAAGAGUUAAAUCAUGGUACGUUUAAAGAAAAGAAUGGAAAAGCGUAUUGCAAGAGAUGUUAUUUAAAAACAUUUGGACGUCAUUAACGUGAUGGCAAGUUUGAUUAUCGUCUGCUGAAACCGUCAUUUAAAACAUGGAUUUGGUUGAUACUCAUUUACAGAGUUUUAGUGUAGCUAUAUGUAAUGAUUUCGAUCACCAUUUUAUGUCCGGUUAAUAUUCGUAUACGUUAUUCGGUAAAUUUUUUUCGCCCUUGAUUUUUAUUCUCGACGGCAGAGCUUAAUACAAAUUACAUUUUACUCAUGUUGGCAAGAUACUCAAAAAGCGGGUUGACUAGACGAUUCAUUGCUAGCUUAACAACUUUUAAAGAA